UGCUGCAUUCAGUCGCUAUUUAUCAACCUUUCAGAUAUUCCAAAAAGACUAAAUCAUGUGCUCUCCAUUCUGCUGCCCACCAAAAUGCCACAUCGAUUACUACGGAGUAUUGAGAUUAACCAGAGAUUGUACAGAUCUCGAAAUUAAAAAAGCUUUCAGGAGACUAGCGAUUGAUUAUCAUCCUGUGGGAGGGAAGAAUGGAGACUUCCUGGAUGUUUUUACUCUAGUUGCUGAGGCGUAUGAGGUGCUAUCGGAUCCUUUGAAGCGAUCGAUCUACGAUCAAUACGGUGAGAUCGGUUUGAAAAUCGGUAUGCCAUCACCACAUGGACAAAUUCCCCCUUAUGUAUUCCAUGGAAACCCAAUGCAAACUUACAACGAGUUCUUUGGAUCCGAGAGUCCGUAUGCCGAUUUACUGGACUUCCUGGAGGAUAAGCAGCUGCUGGAGAGGAUUACUAAAGGUCAGGGAAUCAACAGGAAGGAUGAUGAUUUCGAGAUAUCGUUGCAAUUGCAAUUAAUCGAGAUAUUUCGUGGAGCGCUGAAAAAACUGAAAUUCGAGAGAUUGGUUUUCGCGGACGCCGAGAAAACUUUCACAAAAAUAGAAGAAAAAAUCUUCACAAUAAAAAUAGAGCCGGGAUUGAAAACAGGAACAAAAAUAGUUUUCCCGGAGGAAGGAAAUCAAAAUCCAACUACAAUUCCAGCGGAUAUUGUCUUCAUUACGGCAGAUACCCCCCACGAAACCUUCCAACGAGAAAACGACAAUCUCCUGAUGACCACGAGCGUCACCCUCAACGAAGCCCUGACUGGUACCGUAAUUAAAAUCGAUACCCUGGACGCCAGGACUCUGCGCAUCCCAAUAACGUCAAUCAUCACACCGAACUAUCGAAAAGUCGUGGCGGGGGAGGGACUACCACUAAUGCACGAGCCAACUCGUCGUGGGGAUCUUGUAAUAAGUUUUCUAAUUGAGUUUCCCAUGUAUCUACCAGUGACGAGUAAGAAUUACGUCAGAGAAGCUCUAGACGAGACGAAACUCACAAUUCUACCCGAUUGUAACUGAAAUCAUUCAAUAAUAAUUAUA